CUCGGGGACAGGAAAUGCUGUCUGACAGCUUCAGUGCGAGGCUCGAAAACAAUAUCGACGCUUAAAAACAGAAUUUAUCAUCAUGUCUGCAAGAAAUCCGGGGAUCCAGCUCGAUCUCGAAUGGGUUUCCAAAGUGAGAGUGAACACACAAGCUGUGUUAAGGAGGGCUCAGUACAUCCAAGGACUGAAAAUCCCCUCAAAACAGUGGCAGGCUGCAUGGCUGCUGAAAGCCAUCUCGUGCAUUGACCUGACCACUUUGGCCGGAGAUGACACGCCGUCUAACGUCCACCGGCUGUGCAUGAAGGCAACCCAGCCCCUCCAGUAUGAGCUCCUCAAGAAGAUUGACAUGCAUGACAAAGGGGUGACAACCGGUGCUGUGUGCGUGUAUCCAUCACGCGUGGCUGAUGCGGUCAAAUCACUUAAAGCCGCCAACUCCAAUCUUCCGAUUGCAUCAGUCGCCACUGGUUUCCCAGCUGGUCAAACCCCACUGGAAACCCGCCUGAUGGAGGUCCGCAUGGCUGUGGCGGAUGGCGCCACUGAGAUUGACAUUGUCAUCAAUAGGACGCUCGCAAUCACUGGACAGUGGGAAGCGAUGUAUGAUGAGAUCUGUCAAUUCAGAGAAGCCUGUGGCGACGCUCACAUGAAGACCAUUCUGGCAAUCGGCGAGCUGGGCACAUUCACUAAUGUCUACAAAGCCAGUUUGGUCGCCAUGAUGGCCGGCUCAGACUUCAUCAAGACCUCAACGGGAAAAGAAUCCGUCAAUGCCACCUACCCCGUCGCCGUAGUGAUGGUGAGGGCCAUCCGCGACUACUUCUUGCGAACAGGUCACAAGGUGGGCUUCAAGCCAGCGGGGGGCAUCCGAACAGCUAAAGAGUCUUUGGUGUGGCUUGUGCUGAUCAAAGAAGAACUCGGCAAUGACUGGCUCUCGCCUCACCUUUUCCGUUUAGGAGCAAGCAGCUUGUUGGCCGAUAUUGAACGACAGAUUUAUCAUCAUGUAACAGGACAGUAUGCGGCCUAUCAUGAGCUUCCAAUGGCCUGAAGCUCUGGAGAUGUGACAACAGAACAACAAGGACCUCAAGUUCACCGCGCAAGCCUCAAAAUCGCAUUCAUUUUUUGAUACAGCCAAUGCCCAAUUAUUUCAAAGUCCUUGGCUGACAAUUUUUUUCAGCUUUCCACUUCUGUAUAGUUCAGCUACUGUACUCAAAUGAGUGCCUGAAUUUUACUUUUGAGUGUGCUUCAAUGUCUAAUUUUUUAUCUCAAUACAAAGCCCAAACUUAGCCAGCGACGUCUCGUAACUCUUUCAAACUUGCUCCUCAAGUACUCCGACCUUCCAACGUGAUGUGCGCUGAAUCCACGAUGGAGGCUUCUCCUUCUUAAUUUCAUUAGCGGGACGCCGAGCCGACGAAAGGUUGCGGAGGAUUAAUCGGGGGCGUUAAGUGAGUUUAAAAGAUCCGAUUGAACAGCUCACAAAACUGAGGAAUCAUUUGAAGACCAAAAACUCUCCCGCUUCUUUCUCUUUCCGCUUCUUUUUCAAAAUCAAGAUAUCAGAAGACUUGACCUUGAAGGAAAAACAGUGUAAAUGAGUGAAUUAAUUACAGGAGGGAAUAUACAGGAUUUGAUGGGGGAUAAACUCCAGGGAGCCAUUUUGGCUCCUGCUCAAGGAGGGAAAAGGCUGGGAAUGAGGCCAUGUUACGUGAGGUUUGGCGUGAAUGAGACUUGAAGGAAUCUAAAUCAGUGAUUAAAAAAAAAAAAAAAAACUCUGAAAAUGUGCAAAGGCUGUAUUUAAAACCCUAAUGAGCAUUGUUCCCUCCAUUUUCUAUACAGUUUAAAGCAGACACUUCCAAAGUCCGACCCGGGGGCCAAAUCCGGCCCGUGGUCAAAUUUCAUCCGGCCCCUAGCCUCUGUCAUAAAAUCAAUGACAUCUGGCCCGCACACAGACUUAAAGUGAUCCUCUACCUUAAAUACAUGUAGGCUCUAAUAAACCACAAUUGAUCUCUUGUACUAAAAUAUGUUGUUAGCAGCACAUAAAAUGUUAAAUCAAUGGCAAUAUUUUAUAAUAUUUAGUGCAUAUUUUGAGCGUUAGUUGGCGCCAUGGUUUGUGGGCUCGCAGUGAUGACGUCAUUGGGAUCUUUCCAAAUGUGUAGCGUGUUCAACAAUUGCUUAUUGCUGCCUAAACUCGCCAAGUAAAAUGUGCUGCUUUUGGAUGCAAUUUCCAGUCAAAUGGAAACAAGGGGAGUGAAGUGAGUGGUCAAGGUGGAAUUAUUAUUUUUAGUGAAUAAAUGUGCAUAAGUGGAAGCUUCUCCCCAUUUUGGUCCCUGGAUGCUGUCCUGCUCCUCACUUUUCAGAUCUGGUUCAAAUAGGAAGGGUAGAAUCGACGACAUGUUGGGAAAGCUAACGAGUGACACGCUGGAAUUUCGGCAACGGGCCCGGUGACGUCAUGCACUGCGACGUAACAAGAAUGGCGACCUAUCACUUAAAAUAAUUUCACCAACUUUAUUAAAACAAAAACAUUAAGAGGGGUUUUAAUACCAAAUUAUUAUAACUCAUACUAACAUUUAUCUUUUAAGAAUUACUUAUCUUAAAAAUAGAGGAUCCCUAUCAUAAAUUGGUCAGCAGUACUGCCACCAGCAUAUGAAGAAGUAGCUUACACACUAAAUGCUGCUCCUCAUUUACCCACUAAAAGGCAGCAGCACUCUAAGCAACAUUACUCCCAAUUUUCUAAAAUGUCGACAAUCAACAAAAAAAGUUGACCGCGACGGCCGACGCUUCAAGGAUAGGUGAAAAUUGGACUAUUUUUUCACUAAAAUACGCAACAACCGUGUCUGCUUCAUUUGCAAAGAGACAUUCGCUGUUUUUAAAGCGUUCAAUGUGAGGCGAUAUUACCAAACAAGACACGCUGACCUGUACGACAAGAUUAUAGGCAGCGAGAACUUGAAGCAAAUUUAAUUUCACGGAGCAGUAUUUCGCAAGAGCCCGAAAGUCGAAAGAACGCCACAAGGCUAGUUGCGAGAUUGUUGAAAUUAUUACCAUAUAGGCCCAAAUAUAAGACGGCUCUGAUUAUAAGACAACCCCCUCUUUUUCAAGACUCAAGUUUGAAUAAAAACGUUUUGAACACCAAAUUAAUUUUAAUUUCAGUACAUCUGAAACAAAUGAUUAUAACAAUAUAUUUGAUAGAAAAAGCAUGUUAUAUUGCCUCAUUCAAAUCUUAAUAUCUGAACAUUUAAAUAAAGUGCAAUCACAUUCGUAAAUGAAUGGCUUCUGGUUUUUGAAAUGUAAAUAAACCAAUCAACAAAAUUGCAAUAACUGCAUUAACCAUCAAAGUGAAGUCUAACUGGAACUGUAGUCUUGAAACAAAUCUGAAUAAGGAAAAACAUUGCAAUAAUGCAAACUGGUUAAACUUGAGAGUAGCUGAGAUCUGUCAUGACAGAACAUCGCUUCAAUGAUAUCUGGCGCCGUCUAGCCUCGUGAAUGAGUAUAACGUCUAGACCGCGAAUAUAAGACGACCCCCACUUUUUCAGUCUUAUUUCAAUGCAAAAAACACCGUCUUAUAUUAGGGCCAAUUCAGUGAUUAAAAAAGAUAAUGAGGCAAAUGUGACACACAGAGUGGCUUGCUAAAAUUUGCUUGAAUAUAUUGUUCUAUGUAAAGGUUGUCAGCCAAAGUCGGCCCCCUACAUUUUUACCACACCAAAUCUGGCCCCCUUUGCAAAAAGUUUGGACACUCCUGGUUUAAAGACACGCUGACUGUGUGAUGUAUUGAGACUGAAUGAUGUCAUCUCUGAUGGAAAUAAAUGAUGCGACCUGACAACUUUUAAAUUGUUUUCCCUUCUAAUCCCCACCACCACCUCCACUGCUUACAGAUAAAAAGAAAUAAUAAAACCACUGUGUGGACUCGCAGCGAUGAUGGAGUGAGCUAGCAUGGGCCUCUUCUUGAUGGAUUAGUCCCACUUACAUAAAGGCAUGUAGAUCAUCUCAAAUCUGAACCAUCGGUCAGCGCGCUGCCACUUGAUAAGAUGGAGGCUGGAACCUGCUU